AGAUAUUUGCAGAUGAGUUCCUUGUUUGUGCUUUUGCUGCUUGUAGCUUCAUUCCAUCAAUCUAUCUGCCUUUUCGGAAUUGGCAGAAGACAGUCCGUGGCCGUACGAGGUGUUCUGGAGUGUAACGGCACACCAGCUCCAGGUGUGAAGGUGAAGCUGUACGAAAAAGAAAUUUUCCUCGACAAAAAGUUGGAUCAAACAAAGACCGACGCUAAUGGUAGCUUCUAUCUAUCCGGAAGCAAAACAGAAAUCACUAACAUCGAUCCUAAGGUCAACAUCUACCACAAGUGCAAUUAUAGAGGACCAUGCUACAAGAAGAUUGCAAUCACCAUUCCCAAGGAGUAUAUUACUCGUGGUGCUUACCCACAGAAGACGUUCAACGUUGGAAGGUUGAACCUUGCCGGCAAACUCAAAGGCGAAUCUAUAGACUGUUUCAACUGAAGAUAAUAGACUUGAAAUCACACAUAGCUCUUUCAUUGUGGAUGUAAUGCGUCAAAUGAUUGGUAGAUUGUAUAUUUGCUGUGAAGUUGAGCAAUACUUUUGUGAUAAUGUCCAGUAUGGUCCUAACCUUUGAGUCAACACGCUUGGCGGCUGGAAGGCGGGGCUUUGUGACCUGAUUAGGGCCGCUCGCGCCCGCGACGCAGUCUGCGUCUCUCCCGUGCGCGUGCUCGCUGAUCAUUAUCUAGCCUUAAUAGGUCACGAAGCCUUGCGUUCCAGCCGCCAAGCCAGCUGAAUCAAAGGGUACAUCCAUAUGAUUCUCUCAAAGGCAUGUGCUUUCUUUCCCUGUUUCACACAAUACGUCAUUAAAC